AUGAAAAAGGGAGACGUUAUAAGGAAAAGGUACAGUGCACUGGGAGAAAUGAUUCAAGGAACACACAGUGCAAACUAUAUAGCUAUUGAUAUGGUUUCUUGCUGCAGUGUUAUGCUUAAAACUGAUAUUCCAGAAGAAGAACUUGAAAAUUGGGCGGAUGCCAAAAAAAAGCUUGCGACAUGUAAAAACAAUUUGAAUAACAUUUUUGAUAUAAUGGACAUCUUUGUUUUUGAGAGCAAAAGUUAUAUAGUGACGGAGUAUCUUGACGUCACUUUAUUAGAGAUCUUGAACCAAAGGAAGCCAUUUGACAUUUCUUUGUUGUACAAUUCACUGACACAAACUUUACUCAUUUUUGAAGGUAUAGGAAUCAUACAUACUGAUAUAAAACCAAGUAAUAUAAUGUAUUCCGUUCACCAAAACGUAUUUAAAGUGAUUGACUUUGGUUCAAGUACUACACAUAACACGUCGGGUACUGAAUACAUCCAAUCCCGAUAUUAUAGGGCUCCUGAGGUCAUUUUUGGGAUAGCAUCAAAUAUAGAAAUAGAUGUUUGGAGCGUUGGUUGCGUUUUGGCUGAAUGCAUUUUGGGAACACCUCUUUUCCCAGCAGAAAGUGACGAAGAGCACAUCUUUCUGUUGUUCCAUGUCAUCGGCCAACCAUCCUUGGAAUUUUAUAAGAAAAUAACUAAAAACAAAUUAUUUCUUCAACAAGCAAAUCAAAACAUUUACUUGGCCGACUCAAUCCUUGAAAAAAUUGAAAAAGAAGACGAUCUUCAGAAUUUGGUUAUUGACGAAAUGGUCGAAGACUUCCCUCAUUUUGGUGUGAUAAAAAAGUUGUUAACUUUUGAUUUUAAUGAAAGAGCAACACCAUCACAGCUGUUGGACAUGCUCAUCUCUUUUGAAUAA